AUGGCGGGCGGGGCAGCCGGGGACCCGGUCCUGGGGACGGCGGCGGCCGCCGCGCCCGAGACCCGCGAGCACCUCUUCAAGGUGCUGGUCAUCGGCGAGCUCGGCGUGGGCAAGACUAGCAUCAUUAAGCGCUACGUCCACCAGCUCUUCUCCCAGCACUACCGGGCCACCAUCGGGGUGGACUUCGCCCUCAAGGUCCUCAACUGGGACAGCCGGACGCUGGUGCGCCUGCAGCUAUGGGACAUCGCCGGGCAGGAGCGGUUUGGCAACAUGACCCGAGUAUACUACAAAGAAGCUGUUGGUGCUUUUGUAGUCUUUGAUAUAUCGAGAGGUUCCACGUUUGAGGCCGUCUUAAAAUGGAAAAGUGAUCUGGAUAGUAAAGUCCAUCUUCCAAAUGGCAGCCCUAUUCCUGCUGUCCUCUUAGCUAACAAAUGUGACCAGAAAAAGGAUGGUGGCCAGAAUCCUUCCCAGUUGGACCAGUUCUGCAAAGAACAUGGUUUCACUGGAUGGUUUGAAACCUCAGCAAAGGAUAAUAUAAACAUAGAUGAAGCCGCCCGGUUCCUAGUGGAGAAUAUUCUCGCAAACCACCAAAGCUUUCCUAGUGAAGAAAACAACGAGGACAAAAUUAAACUGGAUCAGGAGACCUUGAGAGCAGAGGGCAAGUCCCAAUGUUGCUGACAUGGCUUCUGCUUCUGGCCUGUGUGCAGAGUGCAGCCUGACCGGGCUGGAUCCAAGCCCGAGAAUGGAUAAGGGGGCGGCUGUGCUGCUCUGUGAAUCUUCACAGGGCUGCACUUCAGACGAAUGCUCCAGUUUUUCUUCAGGUUGUGUAGAUCUUUCUCCUUGUACAGAAUGGCCGUGGUGGCACCCCCAGGGAGCCUACGCUGACACGGGGCGUGUGGUAAAGUGGUUCUGCCCGCGACCCCACACUUUAACGCAGGCACACUUAGGCCUCUAGGGUGGUCACCGUGAAUUCAGGAUAAUGUUUACGUCCUCUUUAACAUUUUUUAAAAAUGAUGGUCCUCAGGAUUUGGUAAGAUUUUCAAGUUGUGCCUUUUAGUGGAAGCACUGGGAUGGUCAUGAAACCUGACCUGAGGUCUUCCAGUAAUUUUAUGGGCCUGUGUUUUUAUCUCCACAUUACGUUCUCUCCAGGGAGGCUGUCAUCUCUGUUAGUCACAGAAUGCUGUUUUGCAGUUCUUUUCCUACUUAAAACUUUGAUACUUCUAUAAAAUUGUUAUCAUCACACAUUAUGUCAUUAGUCCUGGCCAGCGUGGUGUGCCCUUGCUAACAACGCAGGUGCACUGGUGUCCUGGCUUCUGGUUGCUGCCAGUUGGAAACAAUAUAAAUGAACAUUCCUGCUUUCCUCUUCCUCCCGUGUGUUUAUUUUUGUACCUGAGAGCCUGGCUGCUAUUGCUGUUGGAGUUCUCUCUAACUGGAGCUAGUCUUUUCAAAUCUGUAUUAGUAACGGUAACAGAGAAGCUACUUGAAAGCAUAUACAGUUAAAUCUGAGAUUCUCUAAG